AUGUCCGCCCACAUCUUCUUGCGACGCCCUCUCCCCCCCCACUUGUCUCGUCACAUUGCGCGCUUUCCUCCGCGUGCCUCUCAAGUCCGGUUCUUUGGUCCCGACUACUUGCGCUCGAUCAGGGCCCGUCGCAUACCAUGGGAAAUCACGAGGGAAGAUCUCCGCAAGCCGGAGGCGGAGCUGAUUCAGCUCGUAAGAAGCGGAAUCUGGGAAGAUCCGAAUGGAGCAAGUCGGCAAAUGGUAGAUAAGAGAGCCCGCCAUGAUGCUCAGCAGGAAACGAAACGUCGGAAGAUUGAGAGCGGAGAGGAGGUCAAGGCUCCUGUCUACGCUACUGAGUUCUCCAAGGAAGAUAUCGAGAAUGAGCAGCGCCGCCCGAAAAAGAAGGUCGCCGUGCUGCUGGGAUACUCGGGAACGGGUUACAAGGGCAUGCAAUUGAGUGACACAGAAAAGACCAUCGAAGGAGAACUCUUCGCAGCCUUCGUGGCGGCCGGCGCAAUCUCCAAGGCUAACGCAACCGAUCCGAAGAAGUCGUCGCUGGUGCGGUGCGCGCGUACCGAUAAGGGUGUCCAUGCCGCCGGAAACAUUGUCUCUCUCAAGCUGAUUGUCGAGGACGAUGAUAUCAUUCAGAAGAUCAACGAGAAGCUCAGCCCGCAGAUUCGCGUCUGGGAUAUCCUCGUGACGAACAAGUCGUUCAGCAGCUACCAAUUGUGCGACUCGCGCAUCUACGAAUACCUCAUCCCGACUUACUGCUUCCUGCCGCCCCAUCCCAGCACCUACCUGGGCAAGAAACUCGUCGAGUAUGCCGAGAAGGAAGGUGACCUGGAGGCUCACAAGGCGCGACAGGCGGAAGUGGCUGGAUACUGGGAGGAGAUCGAUGACAAGUAUAUUUGUCCGAUCCUCGAGGAGACGCCCGAGGACAUUCGCAAGCUCAUCGAGAAGGUCCUGCACCUGAACGAUGAGGACCAAUCCGCGCAGGAUGAGCUCUUCGAGAAGCAAGGACAGCCCACCGAAGAGGGAACCCCGGCCACCGAACAGCCAGCCUCGGAAGAGAAGCCUACUGCCGAAGCCGACGAGGCCGAAGAAGCCCGCCGACGCCAAAUCUUCCAGACCGUCAAGGCCGUCAAGGCGGCGUAUCUCAAGGCCAAGAAGGCCUACCGCAUCCCGCCCGCCCGUCUGGCUCGCGUCCAGGAAACCCUCGACAAGUAUGUCGGCACGAAUAACUUCUUCAACUACACGAUCCAGAAGGUGCACGCCGAUCCGUCCUCGAAACGUCACAUCAAGUCCUUCAACGCCGCCCCCGAACCCAUCCUCAUUAACGGCACCGAAUGGCUCAGCCUCAAAGUCCACGGCCAAAGCUUCAUGAUGCACCAGAUCCGCAAGAUGGUCGCCAUGGCCGCCAUGGUCGUGCGCUGCGGCUGCGAUCCCCAGCGUAUUGUCGAAACCUACGGCGCCAACAAGAUCGCCAUCCCCAAGGCCCCGGGUCUCGGUCUGCUUCUCGAACGGCCCGUCUUCAACUCGUACAACCGCAAGACCCUGGAAACCGGCAAAGAGCCCAUCGACUUCGACAAGCACGCCGAUACGAUUAACGAAUUCAAGCAGCGUGAGAUCUACGAUCGUAUUUUCCGCGAGGAAGAGGAAUCUAACGCCUUCUCUGCCUUCUUCGGCCAUCUCGAUCACUACUCCCAGGAGGAGUUCCUCUACAUCACGUCAGGCGGCAUCCCCGCCGCCAAACUACUCCCUACGACCGGUCCAGAGGGGAAGAAGUCCCAGCGCGAGGCACUGGCAGAAGUCGAGGGCGGAUCCGAUGACGAGGGUGCUGCCCCGAACGGCGGAGAAGAAGGAGGUUAG